AUGGGUUGCAGUGAAAAGCUCAGUGAUGAAGCCAUUGAAGAUGCCCUUGAGAAGGCUGCCAACUAUCUGAACAUCAAGGGAUUGCUGGAGGCGGGUGCUGACAUGAUCAAGGGCAUGACUCCGGAGGAGAUCCGCAAGAUGUUCAACAUUAAGAGCGACUUCACGCAAGAGGAGGAUGAGAUCCGCAGGAAGAACCAGUGGGCCUUCAAGCGAUGGUCUUCCCUGGUGGAGGUGUGGUGCUGCUUACAAGAAAGAUGGAUGUCUGCACUGGGUAUCAUUCAUGGUAAUAACUCCAGCUGUAGAUCACUGGGUAUCAUCUUGAACAGGACGAAUAGUCUCAAAGACUUUGGCCAGUCAUUCAUUCGUGGUAAGAACUAA